AUGCAACAGCCAGAAGCUCAGCAGAUCACCCAGCCACCAGAUACACAGAUCCUUGAUCCAGAAGUUGCUUAUGUGCGGAGGAGGAAAACAGCUCUGUGGGUAACUGUGGCUCUGCUGAUUCUGUCCUUGGUGGUGUUGGCCGUUGGUUUGAUCUCCGCUACUCGCACUGACAAUAUUCCCGUCGCAGGUUAUUACCCAGGGAUUAUUUUGAGUUUUGGGGCAUUUCUGGGCAUCGUUGGCAUCCAUCUGGUAGAAAACCGCAGACCUAUGCUCAUGGCUGCCAUUAUCUUCAUCAGCAUGGGAGUUAUUGCAUCUUUUUUCUGUGCCAUCGUAGAUGGAAUCAUUGCAUCAGAAUUUAUGGACAUAAGACCUCUGCAAGAGGACAUGUGUGACUUUUACACUAGUAACUCUGGCUAUGCUUUUGAGAGCUACUACACUGAGGUGACCUGCCGUCCCUUCGACAAAUCUUGCAAGCUCAAACUGAGAAGCAACACCUGCUUCUGUUGCUACCUUUACAACUGUGAGAGCACGGAAUACCACCCUCAGUACUUUGAGUUCACGGGGGUCGACGGCUGUUGGGAUGUGAUACACCUCUAUCGUCUUCUGUGGGCCUCGGUGGUUCUCAAUGUGACUGGCCUCUUUCUGGGAAUCAUUGCAGCAGCCAUUCUCGGGGCCUACAAGGACAUGCAGAAGCCUACUCCACCAAUAGCGCCAAGUCCAGCCCCACCUCCCCACAUCCUGUACAACCCAACCCAGCACAUGCUCACGUAUGCUGGCUUCUGUCCUCCUCCAGGGCAGAAUCUUCCUGCCUACCCCAACUAUCCAGUACCAGUGCAGGUACAGUAGAUCACAGAACUUGCUGACUUUCCCGAGAGUGCAAAAUGUCCGCAAAUGAUCCCUGAAGGGUGUUCUGAAGAAACCCAAAGUCAGCCACCCUCACAAGGCGCCACCCAGAUGCCACAACAGGGGGGCAACCAGGAACCUGGAGGCAGCUUCAUGCUUACGCCCAAUGCGCCUGUCCUCUAUGGAUCAUCACAUAGCUCCUUUGAAAAACCUCCACCUUAUGCAUACUGA